GCGUCCUCCCUCCCCUUAUUCUCUUCUCCCUCCCUCCUCGCCAGCGUGUCUCACUGGGCCAGACUGGGUUGGUACAGUCAAUUGGGAACUGAACCCCGCCUUCUUUUCCUGGAAUGCUGUGGCUGGGGAUUGGCCCACUAAAGCUGUCAGUCACAUCAUGAGGGAGUUUUAUUUUCCUUGGCCCUCUCUUUUCUGUGAUUUUUUUGGCUAUAACUGUUCUUUCCUUCGUACUCCUUCAAAGAGAGAGACAGAAACAGUCAGAGAGAUGGCGACAGAGGUAUCAACCAAGAAAAACGGAGCAAGAAAUGACAACAUAACUUCCUCAAUAACCAUCCUUGCCUUUGGAAACAUCUCACCCUUUGGCAGUUCUCCCAUACUCAGACUUGGCAGCUUGGAGGACACGAUGUAAGGUCUUUUAGAGAUCCAAGAUGGGUAGAAAGGAUGCUUCCACUUUAAAACUUCCCGUUGAUCAAUAUAGAAAGCAAAUUGGUAAACAAGACUACAAGAAAAAUAGACCUGUUCUAAGGGCAGCCAAGUUAAAAGCAGAAGCCAAGAAAGCAGCAAUUGGCAUAAAAGAAGUUGGCCUUCUCCUUGCAGCUAUAUUGGUACUACUGCUGGCUUUCUAUGCUUUUUUUUAUCUCAAAUUAUCUACUGAGGUUGACCCUGCCCUGGAGCUGAAUGGAAAUUAGCAGUGCAUUGAUCAUUGAGUCUCAAUCCCUUUUUGGAAAAACAAAUGCCUUGAAUAACUACUUGAGAAUGCUGGCACCAACAAUUUUCUUAAGUUUUUCAAAGCAUUAAACUCUCAGAAUCUUUCAGCUGUUCUGACUCAUUUGGGGGACAUUUUAAAGCUUUAAAUGAGUAUCAAACAAAGAUCUUCACCUUGCAGUGGACUAUGUCAAGUCGGAUGGACAUUUUUGCAAGUUGUUGUUGCUGUUCCUAUUUUUGUUUCUAAUGUAGAAAAGACAAGUUUUCUCCACUGACACUGCUUAGCUAUAAAACCAGUGAGUUCUCUUAUUGAGAAGUCUACUCCAAUUUCCCAAUACAAUUGACUGAAUCAGAAUUAUUUUCUGAAUAGCAAAUCCUUUAUUUCUUUCCAAUAGCAUAGCAUGAAAUUCUAAAUUAAAAUUUAUUCUUAUUUACAGACACUUACUCCAAUUGCAUUCAUACCUAUAUGAUUGGAGGAAAAGUCCCAGGAAAUUUUGUGUUUUAGAAGAAAAUGAUACUUUUUCUACAAGCAUAUUUUACUUCAUCAUAGAUUGUAUCUGCACAUACAUUUACAGUCAUCUUUUUCUUUCUUCGCCAACUGUUCAGUGCACAUGUGCUCUUUCAGAAAUGACACCUGGAUGACAGAAGCUCGAAGAGUCACAUAUGCCUCUGAAAUCGAUUGGGCUGUCUGAACUGGUGUAAAUAGAAAGUUCAGUUGAUGUUGAUUUUAAUUAGUAUAUCACUCUAUUAAUACAAAGUUGGAAUUCUAUUUUAAUUAUGUUGUUCCUGCUGCUUGAAGUAUCAGUUUGCUCCUCUUGUUAGGAAUAUGUAAAAAAUAAUCUUUUUCAUGCAUAUUCUUCUAAAUAAAAAUGAUUCAAAGUUUUUGAAA